AUUAUUUUAUCCAUUAUUGCCAGAGAUGAGAGAGGAAGGUGUAAGGAGGAAGAAGCAGGAUGAGGCCAAAGGAGCCAAGGGUUUCGAGCUAGGGGACAUGUUUCCCCGAAUAGCAUUUGAAGAUAGCUGUCUAUUUUAUUUAUAAAGGUUCACAUGCAGUACGAAAUAUGUCCUGUGAGAAUUUUAAAGGUACUGGAAUGCUAAACAUGAACAAUAAGGAGUCGCAGCAAAAUAUUGUUCAAUCAACAUACAACUAUCUUAGUAAUAGCAUUCCAUGGUGGAAUUCGGCUGGGCCUCAUAUUGUGUUGUACCCUACUAGCACUAACUUAUAUGCCAACUUGAACAAUGUGGCUUCAAAUCAGUUAAAGCAAGAUGGAAAUCCAAUUUUGGAGCAAGAGUCAUCAUCAACACAGUCCACAGGACAUUCUCAUCAUGAAAUCUCUGGAAAGAGAGACGAUAACCUCAAGGAACGGUGUCUCUCAGCACAAUCUGGUGCAAGUCAUUAUAAGGUGGACCAAAAAGGUGAUGAACACACUCAGGAGAAGCUUGAACAGGGCCAUCCAAAACAGCUUUUAUCGGCAGGGAGCACCCAAUUUUUCUAUGCACCUCAAAAACUUGAUUGUAACCAGUCUCUUCAGGCUUAUGUUCCUUAUGCCUAUUCGGAUGCACACUAUCCAGGAAUCAUGGCAACUUAUGGGUCUCAUGCUGUUAUUCAUCCUCAAAUGAUGGGCACGUUUCCUUCUACUCGCGUCGCGCUCCCCCUUCAACCAACAGGAGAAGAACCAAUAUAUGUGAAUGCUAAGCAAUAUCACGCAAUCCUAAGAAGAAGACAGCACCGCGCAAAGCUAGAGUUUCAAACUAAACUUGCGAAAAACCCCCGCAAGCCUUAUCUCCAUGAAUCUCGUCACCUCCAUGCCAUGAAGAGGGCUAGAGGAACAGGAGGAAGAUUCCUAAACACCAAGAAGACUCAGGAUGCCCCAGGAUCCCAUAAUUUCUCUGGUUCUGAACCCCCGAAACAUGGAAGAAUAGCAAGCUAUGAUAAUGGCACGGUGAUCUCUUCUGCCACCUCAGCUUGUUCGGAAAUAACGAGUGUUUCGACCAGCGGCAGGCCUGGGAUGGUGCUUCAGCCUCAGACUCAUCUGGGUUUCGCCUCCAAUCUCCAAUAUCGUUCUCGUAGCAUGUUGAACAAUGGCGCCGAGCUUCGGGAGCCGAUCACGAGGUAGAAAUGAGUGGUCGUAUUCGUGCCGAUCUCCUGGCAACUCAUCCUUGGCUUUCCUACUGUUUUGUGAGGUUUCAUCUCUUCGGUUAACUGUGGGGGAUUAAUGUAUAUAGGAACCAGAAGUUGAGACUAAAUAUAUUUAUGUAGUUUUUGGCAAACUUUGUUAUUAGGAUCAACUUAACGGCCAGGGCAAUACCAUGGCAAGCAUUUUGAGGUGAAUUGUUGUUUUAAUU